AGCGUUUAUUGACGGUGUGCAGUCCUUCAUGGCACCACGGGACAGGAAGCCCAGUGCCCCUGAGCAAAGUACAAAGUCUACACCACUGCUUCACCAGUAGUAACUGAUCAUUACGCUCAUGACAAUACCACAACACCACAUCACUGGCUCCCAGGAGACUACAAAACAGCUGCUGAAAGAGACUUUGCUGAGUAAUUUCAUUUGGACCAUCAGCCUUUGGAGAUCUGUGAGUUUGGACAGUUAGAACCAGAGCAUGUUUGUGACUGUGCUCCUGCUAUUGGUCACUAUAUGUGCCCAGGGAGGAAAUGGCGAGGAGAAAGCAGAGGCACAGAGACCUGGCCAUGUUUCAGUGGUAAUAGUGGGAGGCACAGGUGAUCUGGCAAAGAAGUACCUGUGGCAGGGCUUCUUCGACCUGUACACUAACCAGGUCAGUAGUGGAUACACCUUUUCCUUCUAUGCUGGAGGACUGUCACCUGCCGACGUGGCCACGCCUGUCCUGUUUGAGAUCCUGAAAGCAGUGUCCUGCUCAAAAGAUGUAUCAGCGGAGCGCUGUGCUCUGUUGAAAGAGCAGUACCUGCGGCUCUCACAGUAUCGGCAGCUGAAGUCCAUAGAGGACUACCAGGAACUGGCCAAACAUAUUAAACAAGAGCUCCAACAAGAGGGAAUAACAGAGGCAGGGAGGCUGUUCUACCUCUCAGUACCAGCCUUUGCAUAUGCAGAUAUUGCUGAUAAGAUAAAUAAUAGUUGCAGACCAACCAGUGGGGCGUGGCUGAGGGUGGUGCUAGAGAAGCCUUUUGGACAUGACUUCAGGAGUGCCCAGGUACUUGCAUCUCAACUUGGUAGCUCCUUGAAGGAUGAAGAAAUGUACAGAAUCGACCAUUACCUGGGGAAGCAGGUGGUUGCAAAGAUACUUCCAUUCAGAGUAGAGAACAAAAACUUUCUGGAUCCCAUUUGGAACAAGCACCACAUCGAGAGGGUGGAGAUUGUAAUGAAAGAGACCCUCGAUGUCAAAGGUCGUAUGCCCUUCUAUGACCAAUAUGGGGUGAUCAGAGAUGUGCUGCAGAACCACCUGACUGAGGUCAUGACCCUGCUGACCAUGAGGCUUCCAGUGAAUCUGAGCAGCAGUGAGGAAGUCCUUCAAAAUAAGCUGCAGAUUUUCAGUUCCCUGCUGCCUGUAGGAAAGAAUCAAGCCGUGAUCGGCCAGUACCAAGCGUACAAGACAGCAGUUCAGCAAGAGUUGAAUAAGACAAAAGAUCACGUCAGUCUCACACCAACAUUUGCAGCUGUGUUGGCACACAUCGAUGAGACCCAGUAUGAAGGUGUGCCAGUUCUUUUGAUCUCAGGGAAGAUGUUAGAUGAACGGGUGGGGUAUGCGCGUAUACUUUUCAAGAAUGACAUAUUUUGUCUUCAGAACCACAACAGCAUUCACUGCAAGCCCAAACAGAUAGUUUUCUUCUUUGGGCAUGGCAACCUUCAAUAUCCAGCAAUUCUUGUAAGUAAGAAUUUAUUCAAGCCAGUUUUAAUAGACGAUGAGUGGAAGGAAGUGACGGAGCAUAAAGAUGUCAAUGUUCUAGGUUUGCCUAUUUCAGACUAUUAUGUGCAAACUCCAAGAGAGCAGAAGGAAGCAUAUUCAGAACUUAUUUCUCACAUUUUCGCUGGACGUAAGAACAGUUUUAUCAGUGCUGAAAACCUGCUGGCUUCCUGGGGUUUUUGGACACCACUGCUGAGAAGCUUAGCCAGUUCUUUUCCCCGCAUCUACCCCGGGGGUGCUGACAAUGGAGACCUGCUGGAUGUCCGUAUAAAAGGGAAAGACAUUAGCUACAACAGUGAAGUGGUGAUAAUCAGCCCUGAUCAGAUGUCUGGAACGUCAGCAGACGGUUUCCAAGUAAUGCAAGGCAAAUUUCGUAGUGCUGACAUGGUGUCCGCCUGGGCUGAGGAGCUGGUGGAGAGGCUAGCUGCAGACAUAGAGGAAGCAGCAGAGGCAGCAGUGCGUGAAGGGGGUGUUUUCCAUCUUGCCCUCUCUGGUGGGUCCACUCCCCUCGCUUUGUUCCACAGGUUAGCCCUGCACCACUUCUCCUUCCCCUGGAGGGAUACGCAUGUGUGGAUGGUAGACGAACGAUGCGUGCCUCUGACUGAAAUGGAGUCCAACUUCCACAGCCUGCACAACCAUCUACUGCAACACGUGAGGAUACCCUAUUACAACAUCCACCCCAUGCCAGUGCAGCUCAACCAGCGUCUGUGUGUGGAGGAGGACGGAGGAGCACGGCUGUAUGAGCAAGAGGUCAGCAAGUUGGUAAAUGGCUCCAGCUUCCAUUUUGUACUGCUGGGAGUCGGCUAUGACAGCCACACUGCCUCUCUGUUCCCUGGCAAUAAAGUGGACAAACUUGGGGAAGGUCUGGUGGCGCUCACUGAGAGUCCUGUCAAGCCUCACCAGCGCAUGAGCCUCACUUUCAGUGCCAUUAACCGAGCUCGCACGGUCGCUGUUUUAGUGAUGGGCAAAGGCAAGCAUGAACUGAUCACCCAGCUGAGCCGAGUGAAGGACAACCCAGACAAGUGGCCCGUCACCGGGGUGAAGCCAGUUGAUGGCAGACUUGUGUGGUAUAUAGACUAUGAUGCACUUUUAGGAUAGGAAUCACAUUCCUAACUUUCAAUCAGACAAAUGUUUUUGAAGCUGCUUUAAAACUACACUUGGUAACUUUUAUGAGAAUAACUUCCUGAAACUGUCACUACAUCCACACAGUAUUACAUCAUAAAAAUCAUGAUCUUCCUUCUCUUCCUACCUCUUCUGAUGGCAUUUGCAAGAGCCUAUCACAGCUCACAAUCAUUGCUCCUUAACUUCUGUCAAACUGUCAAACUAGGACUGAUCAAAUAUGAAUCAUUGCCUAUUUCUCUCCUCAAACGUUUUCAGAAACAUAUUUUAGUGUACUGUUUAGCUGUAAAAUGAGAACGCUUGUGCCUUGGCUGCCAUGUUGGAAACGGUUGAGUGAAGCACCACCUACUGCCUGGACCAAGUGUCUCAUUUUACAGCUAAACAGUACACUAAAAUAUGUUUCUGAGAACAAUUGAGGAGAGAAAUGGGCAGUGCAGUAGGAGAAUCCUGAUGCAUAUUUGAUCAGUGCUGCCUAUUUUGACAGUCUCACCAAAGUUCACAAGCUGUGACUGACAUGAUUGACAGCUGCAUUAGAGACUCCUCAGCUCUGAUUGGUUGUUUUCCUUCACGUGUAUUAAUGCCAUUAGAAGUAAUUCAAGGGAGGCAGAUUAUCUGUCUUAUACUGCUGUUUGAAUAUAGUGACAAUUUCAGUAAAGUUGCUUAUUUAAGAAGUUACCAACAACAGCUUUAAUUAGACAGCUGGAUGGUGCAAAAGAAAGUAUGAGCCAACUCUUGAAGGACCUCUAGUUAUACAUAUUGUAGCUUGUUUAGCACAAAUUAUAUAUAUGAACACAGCAGGGUUUAAGACCGUUAUUUGUCCCUGAGGGGCAACUGGUUUUGCUGCAGCAGCAAUAAAUUAAAAAUAAAAGACUACAACACAGGGCUGUACACACAAGAUAAAACCGCAUAUACAUAACCACACAUAUAUUUUUUGAAAUCACAGCAUGUCAUCAGUUUUAUUGCAGAAAUGUUGAGUAUUUGCAAUUUAUAGUUAAAGCUGAAGUGUGGGACUUUUUCAUAUAAGAUAAAGCUCUCUGUGUUAUGCAGAAUAUUGGAGGUGUUUGGGGACUGUGGCAACUUUCUUGUGCUGGUGCGCCAAAGUAAUGCAUUUUAUGUCAACCACCCAGAAAGUGAAAAGGAAUUUUUAAUUAAAGUAACAGAAAAAGAUUUGAAGAGACAGUGUUACCUACUUGGCAAAUUGCCUGCCUAGAUUUAGCGACUUUUUAGACCCUCUUACUUUGUUUCUAAAAUGCCACUACUGACAAAUUUAGCGCCUCAUUCAGACCGUCAGAGUAGAAGAGAGAAAUGUAUUGUAUUGUAAUUCAUUCCCAUGCGUGCUGCUCAGAGUAAUCACAGUCCACGACCCCUCUGCCAUCAGCACAAGGUCUCUCCCUGUCCUUCCUCUUGCACCAUGCAGUAGGGGAGAGAUCGCAGGAGGAGAGGAGACGCCACUUGCAGCAGGAGUUCAGUUGUGAGUUUCAGUCUUCGUUCUCUGGAUUGGAAGUAUGAGAAAAUGGUGCUGAAAGCUCUCUUGCCUUUCAAAUAUUUUGUUGAAGUUUUAAUGCUUCCGUUAAUGUACAAUGACGUCACUAAUAUGCAAAGGAACAUAUGACGUCAUCUGGUGACUUUUAGCAACUUUUUGAGGUAGUGCUAGCUACUCCCAUUAGGAAAGAGUUGAUAACACUAUCAAAAUGGCGUUUCUAGGGGGUGGGGGAGAUGUAGAGAGCUCAUCUACAGACAUGACAUGAGCGCUUGUUGACAGCAUUUGUGUAAUUACUCUCAUUGCCACAGGGGGGGGAGACAAAAGUUCCUCACUCCAGCUUUAAUGGGUUAAAAACUAUGAUAAGGUCCUUUUAUACUGAAGCCUCGUUCAAAUCUUUUUUUCUGGGUGUGUUUGUGUGUGUGAAAUGCAUAUACAGACUUUUUAUAGUUUAUCUAAACCUAAUAAUGUGUGAGAUGAGUGAAAAUCUAGACAAAUGUGAAGUAUCUGUCUGCAGUUUACUAAGUGCAGGGUAUGUAGCACUGUGUGCAUAUCUUGUAUGAUCUCAGGUGUGAAUUUGCAGGUAUGCAGCUUACUGUAAUCUACACUUCUCGAUUGUAUGUUUUCUAUUGUUGAGUGGCAGUGACCCACUUAAAAUGUCUUCAGUGAGUUUAAAAAGACUGAAAUGUUACUGGUCCCAUUCAUUAUACAUUUUUUGUAUGUUAAUAAUGGCAAUACAAACGUGUGUUAUUGAAAUGUUUCAGAUAAUUCAAGAUAUUUGGUGCUUCAAAAAAAAAAAAAGCACAUUCCUGACACAUUCACAUUCCACUUAAAGAGUACUUCAUCCACAGACUGACAGUUUCUAUAUCAGUUACUCACCGUGUGUUACCUUUACCUUCGUGAAGAAAACUUUUGUUUUUCUCACAUGCAAUCAGGGUGAACAGAGAAUUGAAAAAAGGUGAACAUUCUUCAUAAUCUGAAGUAAAUGGUGGCCAUGUUCAACAACAGUAAAACCAUAUCAAAACGUAAUUUUACAAAUGCUCAAACACUUUGUGCCAUUAUUAACCUAGUGUCAUUUAUCCAUUCAUAUGCUUAAACACGUAUUUUAGCUAAAACAUUAUGUUUUGUUCUAGCUUUGCUGUUGUUAAAGAGCCCCGUCUUACUCCAAAGUCGUCAUAAUCCGGUGCUUGGGCAGUGACUUGCGGCGUCAGAAACCAACAAAAAAUGGUGUCCUUCAAGGCUGGCAUAAUACGCUACUGGUUGCCACUAUAGUUUAACGUUGCUUGGCAGCAUCAGGAGGAAACGGGGUGGGACAAGGACGAAAGUUAAGGCAGCAAUAGUCAGACUGGGGCAGGCGGGAGGGGUGGUAGAUGGGUCCAACAAACACUGACUUUCACCCCAGAGAACAGUGUUUGUGUCCCGUACGGAUUCUAAAGCCAAACUCCUUUUUCCUGAAGUGCGUUUGUUUUGAAAGAGACUGUAUGUAAGCGUAAAAUUUCCUGUGAAAACGGAAGUGUAUCUUGAAAGAAGACAAUGUAUGUAACAGGCAGAACUUGACACAGUGUCUCAGAACUACAACAGCCAACACACCCAGGGUACCUUGCACAUCAUAUGUGGACGUAGAAAGUCCAUGACCGAACAUCAAUGU